GGGCUAUAGUUGCGCAAUAUUUCUACUCGCUCUGGUUGAAAAAUCUGGUCGAUCGCUGUUCAAACUACAUAUUUAAAAAUAGAAGCCAAACUAGUGUUUAACUUUGUAAAUUGUUAAUAUGGCCGAGAAAAAGGAUAAGAAGAAGUCCAAGAAAGACAAGAAAGAAGACAAARAACCUGCUGAGCACAGUUCAAAAAAGGAAAAAAAGGCCAAGAAAAAGCGCAAGCUGGAAGAAGAUGUCGAUGAACAAACUGACAGAAAGAAAAGAAAGACAAGUGAAGACAGGGACAGUGAUGAAGGGGUGGAACUAAGUGUUGCUCAAAGAGAGGGAGAUUUUGCCAAGUUUAGGAUAUCAUCAAAGGCAGUCCUUUCUCUGGAAGACAGAGGUAUCACAUAUCUUUUUCCCAUACAGGCUCAUACAUAUGACUAUAUCUAUGAUGGUCAUGAUGUAAUAGCACAAGCAAGAACUGGCACUGGCAAGACUCUUUCCUUUGCACUCCCUUUGAUGGAAAAAUUGCAUAAAAAGAAACUUGAUCAAUCAAGAGGAAGACCCCCAAAGGUUCUUGUCAUGGCGCCUACAAGAGAGCUUGCAAAACAAGUUGGUAAAGAAUUUGAGAAUCUGAGAUCAGAGCUGAAAGUAUACUGUAUAUAUGGAGGGAUGCCAUAUGACCCACAAGAAAUGGCUAUCAGGGAUGGACUGGAUGUUCUUGUUGGAACUCCAGGAAGAAUUCUUGAUUUCAUGAGACAGGGGACAUUAAACCUCUCCAAGUUGAACCAUGUAGUUUUAGAUGAAGUUGACAGAAUGUUGGACAUGGGAUUCUCAGACUCUGUUGAGGAGAUUCUGGCCCAAUCAUUCUCAGAGGAAAGGGAAGAAAAGCCACAAACUUUACUGUUUUCAGCCACCCUUCCACCAUGGGCAGUAGCAACYGCUAAAAAGUACAUGAAACAAGACAGAAAACUUGUUGAUUUGAUAGGACAUGAUAAACUUAAAACGGCUACAACAGUCCAGCAUAUGGCAAUUAAAUGUCAUUAUUCAUCUAGAGCAUCUACAAUAGGAGAUGUUGUGCAGGUUUACUGUGGUGCUCACGGUCGUACAGUCAUCUUUGCUGAAACUAAGAAAGAUGUUAAUGAGCUUGCACUCAACUCCUCACUUAAGCAGGAAACACAAGUUUUGCAUGGUGACAUCCCACAGAAGCAAAGAGAAAUGACAUUGAAGAGUUUCCGUGAAGGAAGGUUUCGUUGUUUGAUUGCAACUGAUGUUGCUGCUCGAGGAYUGGACAUCCCUGAGAUUGAUCUUGUAGUACAGUGUGAGCCACCUAAGGAUGUUGAUGCAUACAUUCAUAGGUCAGGUCGCACAGGGCGUGCYCAUCGUGAAGGUAUCUGCAUUGUCUUCUAUAAACCUCAACAAGAGAUGAUGGUAGAAAAUGUAGAGAGGAAAGCAGGAAUUAAGUUUAAGCGUAUUGGUGCACCACAGCCRUCAGACAUUAUCAAAGCAUCAGCUGAAGAUGCACGGAGAUUCUUAGACCAAAUCCCAUCUGACGUGCUCGAUCACUUCCGUGAAGCAGCUGAGAAGCUUAUUGACGAGAAAGGUGCAAUUGAUGCUGUAGCAGCUGCCUUGGCGCAAAUCUCAGGAACGACAGAAAUCAAAUCUCGCUCCCUCCUCACGUCACAAGAAGGUUAUAGUACAUAUAUAAUGAAGUGCGACAUAGCAGAACCUGUGCGAUCGACGGGAUACAUGUGGCGGAUUGUAGAAAACAACUUGCCACCAGAAGUGAAACCUGAAGUCAAAGGAAUGAGACUUAUUAGCGAUAAAAAGGGCGUUGUUUUUGAUGUACCGCGUAAGUUGGACAAUCUAAUAAAGGAGUCGUGGACAGACAGACGCGGUACCACUCUGAAAAGAGCGACACAUCUUCCAGAGCUUCUAGCAUCGACUCAGUCGAGUUCAGGGGGGUUCUCUGACAGGGGUCGUGGAGGAAAUUCCUGGGGUAAUCGUAAUUAUGGUAAUGAUCGRUCACAGAACGGAUUUCGACACUAUAAUAAUAGUAGUCGAAACUAUAACAACAGUAACCAUAGCAAUAGUAGCUACAGUAACAGAAGAUCAAGUAACUACAACUCCAAUGGUAGCUGGCAGUCCAAUCGGUCCAAUGGUUUUCGAUCAAAUCGAUGAAAGACUUCACGUGAUGAUAAGGAAGAAAUAGGACAACGCAUUGGGUGCGGGGAAUUUGCAUUCUCAUUUUAUUCAUUUCAUAUUUAUGCUAGAUAUUUUAUGGAUUAAAAAAAUGUAUAUUUUAUCCCAAAUAAAAUUUUAUUCACUUGA